AUGCCGUCAUGCGCCCAUUCUUUGCUAUCCUUUCCUCAGUCUCACCUUCAUUUACUUCGUUUUCUUUUUUCACUACUUGCGCGCGACGUGGCGCACUACUGCGCGGUGUUUGCGUGUCGAUUCAAAGCAUCCAGAAUGGCUGCGGAGUUCUCACUGCUACAGUACCUCGGUGUCACCGUGGACAAGUGCGAUUCCUCCGCAGAUCUCGACUCUUCCGCGCUUUCGAAGAAGGCAAUGUUUCGGGUAUGGGCACCAACACAGCACCCGCCAUCCAAGUGCGGUCCACGAGAGGAGACGUGCCGGGUACUGGAGAAGAAUCGAAAAGGUGCCAACCCCUGGUAUGCAGACCCCACCGGAGAAGUGCUUUUGCGUCGCAAAAAUGGGGUGGAAGUUCAGUACAUGGUGCACAACUCCAAGAUUCCAUCUGUCUAUGGUGUGAACAAGCAACUUGCCGAGAAAAGGGUGGAUCGAGAGCGCGAGGAGAACUCCCCUUUGGUCCACUGCAGUCUUGAGGUAGGCAAAGAUGAAGCUAGGCAGAAAGAGGCGCGACGCGAGCUGCUACGAGAAUUGCUUCGGUGCAACCAGGAACAAGCACGCCUGAAGAAAGAGGAGGAACUUCGCGAGCGCGCUCGACGGAUAGCACACGAGCGCGCCGUUUUGCAGUACAACGCGGCUGGGGUUGUACGUGGAGAGGUAGUCCACAAAAAAGCAGUGCAUGGGGAAGCCAUGCGCGAAGCAGCAGUGGAAGCCCCCACCCGACGAGAGGAGCGCCGAGCGGGUGCAAAUGUAGACGCGAGGGAUGUUGUGGUUGUGUGGGACGGCAAAGACCAGGAUGAUCGGCGCCGCCUUGCCGCAGCGGAGCGCACACGCCAACUUGCCGAAGAGAACCUCCGUGUUGCGGAGCAGCGACGCGCAGAGCACAAAGCGCAGGAGCAGGCGGAACGUGAAAGGGCGCAAGCAGAGCGCACGGAGCUGCAGAGGCAGCUCGCGCAGGAGCAUGCAGAGAAUGUGGAAAGACACCGCCGUAACGCUGAGGCACUGCGAAGUGCCCAAGAGGCCGAGCGCGAGCGCUGGUGCAGGGCAAGCACCACUGAUGCGAACCUGCAGGCGGCGCCGCUCUUGUCCCUCUUCGACACGAUGGAAAGGCGAGAGCGGGAUGAGGCGAUUCGGGCACAGCAGAAGCAGGUGGACGACAUGGCUCUGAAUGCACGUCAUGCUGCGCAAAAGCGGGAAUGCGCGCAAGCCGAACGGGAUAGGGAGCGGCAGUGCACCGCGGAUUAUGCCAAGGCAGAACUGGAGAGCUUUGAGCGUGAAGUGGAGAACGCGUACCAGAGGCGCGAGUACGAGCGUCUGCAGCUACAAGACGCAGCAGAGGCGGCUGGAAAGGUGCGACAGGCCCAUGCAGAGGCCGCACGGCAGCGACAGAAGUCUGUAGAGCCUCUUCUCUUCUGGCCAGCCGCGCAUUCACCGAGAGCCGAGGAUGCUAAGAUAGCCGAAAAUCGUAGGUUUCACGAGGACCUUCGCCGUCAGGCCGAGAAAAAGCGCAACGAUCGUGCUCGUGAAGAAGAAGCAGAACGGGCAAGCGUCCGUGCGCUUAUUGAGUACGAUACUCGAUCGGCGCAGGAGGCUUUCGCGCAUGAGCGUAAGGUGGCGAGAAAAAAAGCAGAAGACCUCCGGCGCACUUUGGAAGCACAGAUCGCGCAGAAGCGCAAGGGAGCCGAAGGGCAGCGGCAAGCAUGUACCGCUGUCGAUGCUACACGUGUGUCUGCUACCGAAGCAAUGAUACUGUAUCGUUGCCCCGUGACGGGAGAGCUUCUGCCUGCCAGCGCGUACGACUUCGGCGUUCAGCGAGGACGUAAAUGA